AUGACAGAUAAAAUUGGAAUUUUGGUAGUGAAAGACAUUAAAUGUACUUUAAACCAUAAUGCUACAACCAGUCAACGGCUUGCAUCGAUACGUAGAAGAAGAGAAAUUCAUUUAGCAUUUCAAUAUGGGGAUGACGAAAUGUUCACUAGAUCCGUCCGACCUGUAAAAGGUCAGGAUAAAAAAAAGGAAACUUAUUACACUGAAUCACUCACCCUUCCUAUUGCCAAAAUUGUUGAAGAAUUCAAAGUAACUUGUUAUGAUGCCAGUACUAUUUUGGGUUUCACUGGAGACACCCUUAAGAAUGCCCUUAGUGAAAAAAGACCAUCUGAUAAGGAUAUGGACAAAGGCACAAAAGUUAAACUUAAUCUAAUUCGGGGUGAAGAAACCGUCGGUGAGGUAUCAUUUAACCUCAUGUUUCUCGCAAUGGAUGCGCCCAAAGAAAAAAUGCAACAGGUUAAACUCGAAUCAUCACGUGGUCAAACAAUUGGCAUAAUGAUGAUUGAUAAGAUCAAAGUGAAAAACCGUUACGGCCACAAGGGUUAUUUACAGGUAAUACUUGAUAAUGAAAUGGCAAGCACUGAAAAUUACUACACAACUGCUGAAAGGGAAUGCCCAUAUGGGAUCAUUCUCCCAGUUGUGGCCACUCCCGAUCUUUCGAUAAAACUACAAAUACACUUUUCUAAUUUUGAAGUUGGGAAUUUUCGGAUUUACCUUGAGGAAAAUCUUUGGUUAAAACUCAUGGAUGGUGGUCAGGUUUCUGUUCCGGAAAUCUCAUUAUACGUUAGAAACAAUUUAUCUGCCACGGUGAAUCUCAAAAUAUCCAUACAUCAACCUUUAAACCCUUUACAAUUGGUAGAAGAAGCAACGCUUAUUGAUUUUCAUGGGUCGGGUAAAACAAAUCCUAUAAAGCACAGCCUUAAUCAUCAAGAUAAACUUGAAUCCGACAGCAAUGAUGAUGACCGUAAAAAAAUAUCUUCUCAACAUUCUUCCUCACCUCCAAGUACAACAGCUGAAAGUUUAGAAAAUAGCGAAGAUAAAAGCACACAAUUACCUCCAAUGAGUAGACAAACUAGUACUACUUUUACAGAUUAUAGUCGCCAAUCGACAUCUACUAAAUCUACAAAUUCCAUAAGACGUCGGGAAAUAAUGCAUGCAAGCCGAAAUUCAUUUAAUGAUCGUAGUCUCCCAUCGACAGCCACUGAAUCUACAAAUUCCAUAAGACGUCGGGGAACAAUGCAUACAAGCCGAGAUUCAUUAAAUCCGUGGAGGGAUACAAGGGAUAGUUCAUUACGUAUUAUCUGUGAAAAAUAUUUGAUUAUAUCCAAAAUAUCUGCCGGACCACAUAAAACCGUUAACAAUAAUGCUUUUAGUAAUCGGGUUUACUUAACAAAAAAUAUUCGUACUUCUUCCGAAUGCAUUUGUAAGAAACACUUUUUUGAGUCUUCCUUCUCAAAUGAAACCAAGUAUCUCAAGAAACUCCAAUCAGAACAUAUUGUAAAAUGGGUGGAUCUUGUGCCACAUGAAAAUGGAGGGGGCUUUAUAGUAUUAGAAUAUUUUGGAGAAAGUUUGGAUAAGGUUAAUUUCCAGUUUCAAAAAAUCAAUAGUAUUUUACAAGUAUUUUACAACAUUUGUGAAGCUGUUCUAUUUCUACAUAAUAAAGGUGUGGUUCACACUGAUUUAUGUCCAUCAAAUAUCAUUUGCGCGGAACCUCAACGUACAAACAUCAGACUUUGUGACCUGGAACAUGUGAAAUAUGUGGAUGAAGUUAUUCAAUUUCAACAGCAACCUCUAACAAUAGGGUUUACUCCCCCGGAAUUUUUCAUCUUCAAUCAGGACGUUUUGUUCGCCGGAUUUAAUCAAGAUAUAUUUGGUUUAGGGGCAAUUUUAUUCUUUAUAUAUAGCAAAAAACUUCUAUAUAAUGAUAAAAAUUCAUUAUAUAGAGAAUUUGACAAUAGGAUUAAUGAAAAAAUCAAAGAAGACUAUAUAUCAAAUGUCAUAAUAAAAUCUUGUAAACCUAAUCCCGAGGAACGAUGUGAGAUUUCAGAACUUUGCGAAGAUGAAACAGUAAUAAAUAUUAAACAACAUAGUCAACAUAGUCAACAUAAUCGUGGAAGUGGUAGUAAUAGACAACAUAGUCUUGGUAGCAUUACAAGAGAACAUUUUGAACGAGGAAUCGAAAGUGAAGCAUUUAAUCGACUCGAAGAUAUAACAAAAACAAUAAACCUUUUGAAAGAAUUUAAAACCAAAUAUGCCGAGCUGAACUUAAGGCCACCGUCAACAAAUAACUCAACAAAUAAUGCUACGACUAAUGCAAUCCCACAUCAACAGUCUCCUUCAAUGACCUCAAUGUCACCGAUGGCAUCUACAUCCAAAUCUGUUAAGAGGACUGUAACGCCGAAGUAUGAAAAACCGAGAAAAUCUUUGAAAACGAAUGUGGAAGACACACCAACAAUUACGAGUGAAGUCUAUGCAGUCAAUGUUCAUGAUCUUCCCAAUGAUCCUUUUACUUCUCAACCUCCACCAUCAAUUUUUGCACCUACGGGUGUAUCUCUUCCAAGUACACCUCGUACACAUACACAUGCACCGUUAGAUCCUAAUUUGUUGAAACAUCUUGAUGAUAUAUUUGUUAAUUUUCUACAACAAAUUUGUUCAGAUUAUUCAAAAGGAGAACAAAUUCAUCAAACUUUAAUGGCUAAGAAAAUGCAAAAAUUGGAUGAAUCACCAGAUUUUCGACCAUUCAAAUUCCGUAUUCAAGCUUUUACAAAUGCUUUUCAUGAAGAAUUACUUCGUCAUGGUUAUACGGAAGAAAUUUUACCUUCGAGAAAAGAUGGUAAGAAAGCCAAAUCCAAGGGUAACCACGUUUGGAAUAUAGAAGCCAAAAAGACGCCAACUGGUGGAUGGAUAUUUCGAGAAUUUAAUCGUAAAAUUGCCGGAGUUCCAGAUAGAGUUGCCUACAUUGGAAUGGAAUACAGAUAUUCUCCUCGAGUUUGGGAUCCACAAGUGAAUGUUAAAUCAGUAUUUCAUUCUCCAUGGCUACCGGAAUGGUUGAGAUGGGAAAAUAAUGUUCUUACAGGAACUCCAGGAAUUGAUUCCGAAAGUUGUGAAAUUACAGCUAUUGCCAAUUAUUAUCACGGAGAUACAGUUUAUAAAUUGGAAAAAUCGUUUGUAAUUGCUGUUGCACAUCCUGAUUCUGCGGAACAUCAGAUUAAUAUGAAUUCCGUAGCAAUGGCUGAUUAUCAAUUACAGCCACAUCUUGAGUACUGA